GUUCCUAUGUGCCUGAGGGCUUGAUGAUAUCCUGUACAUGGGACUACGUAACCUACUCCCCUGCAAACAGAAGUUACACCAUGAUUUUAUGUUGCUCUGUUUUUUUUAUUCCCCUGAUAAUAAUAUUCCAUUGCUAUUUAUUUAUGUUCCUGGCCAUAAGACGUACUGGCAGAGAUGUUCAAAAACUGGGGUCCUGCAGCCGGAAAUCCUAUCUCUCUCAGUCCAUGAAGAAUGAGUGGAAACUGGCAAAAAUUGCUUUUGUGGUCAUCAUUGUGUUUGUCUUGUCCUGGUCUCCAUAUGCUUGUGUCACCUUGAUUGCCUGGGCAGGUCGAGGCAACACCCUAACACCAUAUUCUAAAUCUGUGCCAGCAGUUAUUGCCAAAGCUUCUGCAAUCUACAACCCCAUCAUCUAUGCAAUAAUUCACCCAAGAUACAGAAAAACCAUCCACAAUGCUGUUCCCUGCUUGAGGUUCCUAAUACGAAUAUCGAAGAACGACCUCCUGAGAGGCUCCAUAAAUGAAUCGUCCUUCAGGACCUCUCUCUCCAGCCAUCAGUCUCUCACUGGCAGGACCAAGAGCACUUGCGUUUCGUCAGUUUCCACUGGAGAAGUUACCUGGAGUGAUGUAGAUCUUGACCCUGUAGAGCCAGCUCAUAAGAAACUGCAGCCUCGCCGAAGUCAUUCUUUCUCAACAAGUGUGAAACAAGAGAAGAGAGACCUGCUCCCAAAGACUUGCAGCUAUGAUGCAGCAACUGCAGAAAAGGUUUCGCUUUCCUCCAGCUGUUUGGAGAAGGUGCUUGGGCAGUCAGUCCCACACAAUCCCCCGGCAACACUCGUGGCCAGCUCCCUAAAAGCAGCUUCUCUGCCUGUUGGUUUGAAUAACAGCUGUGUCAGCAGAGGAGGAAACUCAGAUUCAUCGCAGACUGCAACUCAAGAAGGUCAUGUUAAUGGAGUCCUGGGCUCUGUUAUUAGCAAUAUAGUCCCUCGCAUCAUCAUCAUUCCUACCUCAGAGACUGACCUAUUUCGAGAGGAACUUGAAGAGGAAGAGACUGAAUUACUCCACUUUCAUGACAAAAAAGGCAAUCUGUUGGACUUGGAAGGCCUUAGCUCGUCCACAGAGUUCCUUGAAGCUGUUGAGAAAUUUCUAUCAUAA